UUUCAGAUUUCUUGGAAACGUGAACUUUUCGAUUUAAUUUUAUUUAAAGGAGAAAUAUGCCUCAUGCUUAUCUUGGUAAUAGUACAUUUAUCUAUUGUCUUUGGCCUUAAUGUACCCAAUUGUCCCAAAGGUUAUUUAGGACCUGGUGGCAAGCACAACAAUGCUUCAUAUCCCCAAUGUAUAGGAGGUGCUACUGGUUAUAUAGAUUUACAAAUCUUGGGAAAUUCCCAUAUUUAUCAACAUCCUACCGCCAAGUAUAUAUACGAUUCGAAACCUUUUGAUCCCGAGGGAGUAUUUGGCUGUUUAUUGACCGUGGUUCAGGUAAUGUUUGGUGUUUUAUGUGGUGUCAUCAUUUUAGUUCACACCGAGUGGAAAUCACGCAUUACACGCUGGCUUUUAUGGUCUAUGUCCUUAACAAUAGUUACAGCCAUCCUAAGUGGUUUUUCCAAGGAAGAGGGUAUCAUACCUUUAAAUAAAAAUUUGUGGUCUUUAUCAUUUGUGUGUAUCACCACAGCCUUGGCCUUUACCUUACUUAGCGUACUUUACUACAUUAUUGAUGUGCAACACUGGUGGACGGGCUAUCCUUUUGAGGCGUGUGGCAUGAAUGCCAUUAUUAUGUAUGUUGGCCAUACUGUGAUGCAUAAAAUGUUACCGUGGCAUUGGCGUAUUGGUUCUAUGAAUACUCAUUUUGUUUUGCUAUUGGAAGCUGUUUGGAAUACUAUGUUAUGGAUUGGCAUAGCUUUAUAUUUAGAUCAUAUUGAGUUUUAUUAUAGUGUUUAGAAUGGAAAGUGCAAAAUUUUUAUUUUUUGUAAAAUUUGUAUAUUAUUUUUAAUAAAUUUAAUUGUUAUGUAAA